AUGGUUUUGUCAACAGUGUUAAGAAGCUUCAGAGACAAACGUGAUCGGGCUUUUAGUAUGACCAAUGCUCAAGAGCGAUUCAGGAAUAUUAGCUUGCAGGAAGAAUAUGAUACACAUGAUCCCAAAGGUCCUUCGGCUUUGAUAUUGUCAUUUUUGAGAAAAAGGUCGAAGAUUAUUGAGAUUGUGGCAACACAAGAUAUUGUUUUUGCUCUUGCACAAUCCGGUCUUUGUGCAGCAUUUAGCCGAGAAACCAAUCAAAGGAUAUGCUUUUUAAAUGUCAGUCCAGAUGAAGUUAUAAGGAGUCUAUUUUAUAACAAAAAUAAUGACUCACUUAUCACAGUUUCUGUCUAUGCAUCAGACAGUUACAGUUCCUUGAAAUGCAGAAGCACAAGGAUUGAAUACAUUAGGAGGGGUAAGCAUGAUUCUGGCUUUCCUCUUUUUGAAUCCGAGUCUCUGAAGUGGCCAGGGUUUGUAGAGUUUGAUGAUGUAAAUGGGAAGGUACUUACAUACUCUGCUCUGGAUAGUGUAUACAAGGUAUUUGACUUGAAAAACUAUUCAAUGUUGUACUCCAUUUCUGAUAAAAAUGUCCAGGAGAUUAAGAUCAGUCCGGGGAUCAUGUUGUUGAUUUUUGCUAAAGCAAGUAGCCAUGUCCCACUUAAAAUCCUUUCAAUAGAAGAUGGUACUGUUUUGAAAUCGUUCAACCACCUCCUUUAUCGGAAUAAGAAGGUGGAUUUUAUCGAACAGUUCAACGAAAAGCUACUUGUCAAGCAAGAAAAUGAAAACCUUCAAAUUCUUGAUGUGCGGAAUUUUGAGCUGAGAGAAGUUAGCAGAAGUGAAUUUAUGACACCUUCUGCAUUUAUCUUUCUAUAUGAGAACCAACUAUUCUUAACAUUUCGAAACCGGACUGUGGCUGUGUGGAACUUCCGUGGAGAGUUUGUAACUUCUUUUGAGGACCAUCUCUUGUGGCAUCCUGACUGCAAUACAAACAACAUAUACAUAACCAGUGACCAGGAUCUUAUCAUAUCCUACUGCAAAGCUGAUUCAGAUGAUUUGUUAUCUGCAGAUUCUAUCAAUGUCAACAACAUUUUAUCUGGCAAGUGUCUUACUAAAAUAAGAGCAAGCAAUAGUUCUUCAAAGGACGACAAGCGCAGUUGCUGUGACAGUUCUUCAAAUGAAAAUUGUAAUUCAAAAAAAGUGAAAGCUGUCUGUACACCAGUAUUAACUACCAGUAAUAUAAUAGGUACCCCUGAGACUAGAAAUGGCUUAUUAGAAGUACAGAAGGCCUUUCGUGAAGCGGGAUUGGAUUUCCCAAAACAGGGUGUUGCUAUUACACAAGAAAAUUCUUUGUUGGAUAAUACUGCCAGAAUUGAGGGAUGGUUAGCUAGAUUUCCCAUGUUUGACUGGGUUGGAGGUAGAACAUCAGAGAUGUCUGCAGUCGGCUUGCUUCCAGCAGCUCUGCAGACCAUUGAUAUUAGAGAAAUGCUUCUUGGUGCAUCACUUAUGGACGAGGCAAAUAGGAGUACUGUGAUAAAGAAUAAUCCUGCAGCUUUGCUGGCUUUAUGUUGGUAUUGGGCUACAGAUGGUGUAGGAUCCAAGGAUAUGGUUAUCCUUCCGUAUAAGGACAGCCUGUUAUUAUUUAGUAGAUACUUGCAGCAACUAGUCAUGGAAUCUCUGGGCAAGGAAUAUGACUUGGAUGGUAAUCGGGUUAAUCAAGGACUUAGUGUCUAUGGAAAUAAAGGAAGCACAGAUCAACAUGCCUAUAUUCAGCAACUGAGGGACGGUGUACACAAUUUCUUUGCAACAUUCAUUGAGGUGCUACGUGAUAGACCACCUGGUCAUGAUUGGGAGCUUGAACCGGGUGUUACCUGUGGUGACUACCUGUUUGGUAUGCUACAGGGAACAAGGUCAGCUUUGUAUUCUAAUGACCGUGAAUCCAUCACAGUCACCGUGCAAGAAGUGACACCUAGAUCAGUUGGUGCUCUUGUUGCACUGUAUGAACGAGCAGUUGGGAUAUAUGCCUCACUUGUCAACAUAAAUGCUUAUCACCAGCCUGGUGUGGAAGCUGGUAAAAAAGCAGCAGGAGAAGUUUUAGCACUUCAGAAGCGGGUGUUGGCAGUGCUAAAUGAGGCAAGCUGCAAGGAGCCUGUUGAGCCAUUGACAAUUGAAGAAGUAGCUGAACAUUGCCAUGCUCCAGAAGAUAUUGAAGUAAUUUACAAGAUUAUUGCUCAUAUGGCUGCCAACGACAGAGCACUAAUUGCCGAAGGUAACUGUGGUUCUCCAAGGAGCGUCAAAGCUUUUCUUGGGGAGUGUAAUGUUGAUGAUUUGUUUGCAUGA